CUUUCGAGCAGUAACGCGUGAGACAGCUGUGUGAGACAGAGCGAUUUUCUGUCUUACUUCUUGGAGACUUGUUUUUCGCUCGACUCCGUGUAUCGCUUUUGCAACAUCAUCGAACGUCACUUUGCUUGACGUCUAAUGUCAGUCACUUGACGUCCGCAUCAAUUUACGAUAACAGCCGUACUUGCACACAUUACGAGCGAGCUGACAGGUUAGAAGUAUAAACGCAGAAUCCAUUCUGAUCCAUUUCAAGACGGCUGCGUGAAGCGUUGCCUCAGACAUGGUUUAUGUAACGGACGACGGUAACGUGGUCAAGUCCACACCAUGGGGACUGAGGAGAGUCUUCGGACUCUUCACAGGACUGAUCUACAUGGUCAUCAUGUUUUUCCAGACAUUGAUCAAUCCCAACAUGAACAGAGCAGGAAGUCAAUACACGAGGGAUUACCGGCCAGGUUCUGGACCGCCACGUCCCCCGACGCGUAGACUCGGUAGACCAAAUAGGGGACACGAUGUUGACAUUCCAUUCUUCGGGGGCUGCAGCAGUUGUUCAAGAUGAGAAAGUUACAAAAGAAAGGAUAUUUAUUUAAGGUAUAGUAGGAUACGUAUGAGGAAAGCGGCUGAAGCUAAUUGGAAUUGAUAUGUGCAACACUAAUAUAACAGUAUGAUUGAAUAUAAUUAAAUGUAUAAUUAUAUUCGUGUUCAGUUCAAGCAGUAUCUUUUGUUGUAAAUAAGUAUCGACACUCUACGUUAGCUGAUAAGGCCAGAAUUGUUCCGCAAUAAUUCUGCCUUAUUAAGAAAAAAAAGUUCUAUAAAUUCUAUGAUAUAUAUAUAUUUUAUGAUUUUUUUCCACGAUUUUAUAUACGAUGUCGUAAAAUGUAAGUUACACAUGUGUAAGAUAAUAUUAAAAUAUUAAAAUUUAACCUAA